AUCCGCCGCCGGCUCCGCGAACGCUCGGGGAUCGCGCGGGCGUGCGCGCGCGCGAACGCGCCGGCGAAUGCAACGAGUCGUCGCACCGAAGUGUCGUCGCGAGUAAGCAGUGCCCGAGUUCGUAGCGUGUGUUCCGCGCCUUCUCUCGAUCGCGCGCCUUCCGCUCCUCUCUCUCGCGUCUCGUUUACCGCGCGCGGAAGGAAGAGGAGGUAAAAGGACGACGCCGACGUCACCGCCUACGCGAGGAUGACGGGUACCAAGACGACUCUGUGGAUUGUCGCCGUCGCGGCGGCCGUCGUCGCGACGACGACGGUGAACGCCGCCGGGCUCAAGUGCGACAGUGUCAGGCCGGUCUUCGAGGCGCAGGGCUUCCCGCUCAGCGACAUCCCGAAGGAGGCGAUCUCAUCAAAGGAGCUUAAAAUAUGCGGCAGCGCGAGGAGCGGCGGCGAAGUGUGCUGCUCGGCCGACAUGGAACUGAGAUUGCAGGCGCGGGCACGCGACAAGCACGAGAAGGCCACCAAAGAAACUCUCCAGAGAAUGCACCAGGUCCUGUCCAUGCGGGGAAACAGGUUCCACAGUUUCUUCAAGGAUCUUCUGGCGGCCAGCAAACGAGGUUUUCACGAGAUGUUCAAGAAGACCUACGGUAUCCUUUACGAGCAGAACGCGUAUGUCUUCACGGACUUUUUCAAGGAGCUGGAGAAUUAUUACGCGAAAGGAACGGUGGACCUGAACGAUGCCAUGGACAAUUUCUUCAACACUCUCUACCAGAAAAUGUUCACCGUGCUCAACAGUCAGUACAACUUUGACAAUAAGUAUUUGGACUGCGUGGGCGAGCACAUGAAGGAGAUGCGGCCGUUCGGUGACGUGCCGCAGAAAUUGGGCGUGCAGAUUAAACGAUCGUUCGUGGCCACGAGGGCGUUCAGCCAGGCCUUGACCGUCGCUGCGAACGUGCUGAAAAAUAUGCAAUCGCUGAAGCCGUCGGCGGAUUGCGCAGCUGCCUUGACCAGGAUGACAGCCUGUCCGGCCUGCAGCGGUAUAUCGGACAACGUGCUGGCGUGCGGCGAUAUGUGUGCCAACGUGAUGAAGGGUUGCUUAGCGCAACACGCGGCACUCGACAACGACUGGAAUCAGUUCGUUGAGGCAGUGGACAAGAUCGCUGAUCGGCUGCUCGGGCCGUUCAACAUCGAGGUACUGGUGCGUCCGAUCAACCUCAAGAUCUCCGAGGCGAUCAUGAACUUCCAGGAGAGUAGCCAGGACGUGUCGCAGCGCGUGUUCACCGGCUGCGGCCGGCCGAUGCUCGGUAGACGUAGACGUAGGGACAACCACGAGCUGGAGCUGGAGUCCCUGAACUUCGAUCAGGAAACAUUGACAGACGAUCGCGCCUCGACCGCCGCGAUUCUGGACAAGCUGGUGAAGGAAAUACGCCAGCGGGUGCGCGAUCAGCGACAAUUCUGGGUCUACUUGCCCUACCGGCUGUGCCAGGAAGAGGGUCUGGUGGUGCCACCCAGCAACACGAAUGAAUGCUGGAACGGCACGCACGUGGACAAGUACCUGUACCCGUUAUCGAACGCUGGCGAGUCGCAGACACUAAACCCGGAGGUGCGCAGUAUGUCGAACAGACCGACCAUCGUGAGGGACCAGAUUUUCUCGCUGACCACUAUCACAAAUAGGUUGAAAUCGGCGUUCAACGGGCAGGACGUCGAUUGGAUCGACACUGACGAAACGUGGUACGGUUCCGGCAGCGGUUCGGGCGACGGUGAGUUCACCGACGACGAGGACGGCUUUAAGGAGGGCUCCGGCUACGAGGGGCCACGCGUGGAAUCGGAGCCGGAACCGCCGAAGCAGCCGUCGCCGCCGAUCGUCCACGAGGUAGAGACGCCGCCGCGGGUGGACAUCGAGCCGCACAAGGGCACGGGGACGAGCAGCACGGGUACGAGCAGCAACCAGACCCUCUCCGUGAACAGCGGGGACGACAGCAGGCCGCAAAUGUCGCUGUUCAGAGCGCUGACGACGUACCUGAUGCCGAUAGUGGUGAUGUGGUUCGGCGGUUGCUUCAACGACUUGCUGUGAUCGUGUGGACCUUGCGACUCUAAGCAUAGCGCUGUGUAAAUAUUGCCCGAUUGCGAGCCGUGAUCUCGAUGGGCGACGAGCGAGGGAAUGACGAGAACCACUCAAUUGACUCUGAUCGCGUGAAUUGCGCGUCAAAUCGUCCCGCAAAUCUCGCAAAAGCGCCUCGAGAAGUUGGGAGAGGGGGGACGUUUUCGCGAACGGAUCGUCCUCCGAUCCGUUCCUCGGACCCUCCGUUUUCAGGACUCGUCAAAUCGAUUGCGCGCAUUAAGUCGAUUCCGCGAGUACCGAAGUUAGUUGAUUGACUUAGCAGGUACAUGGAUUACAUGAAUAUUCGUGGCCAUAGCUACUCGCUCUCGCCACAAAUAGGCAAGAGUGGGCGAAAUCGUGCGAGGGAUUCGUUGUCCAUGCUGUUUGAAUGCGAGACUAUAGGCACUCGAGCGAAACCUAUUUCCACUGAACUCGUGCAACACUAGCUCUCGUCCCGCCAGAGACGGGCGGAAAAGGCGCCUGAACUUCGACGUUCCGAAUGUUACUUAGAACUAAGAAAAAUAAUUCGAUCGAGAAGACAGCCGGGCCGAACCUCAUCGAACGUCCGGGGACAAUUUCACUUCUCUUCUUCCACCUCGCUCUCUCGAGACGAAUCACGCAGACGUAUUCACUCGCCGCUCGUGACAUGCGUGGUCAUCUCGCGGAGAGGAUUUCCUUUUCAAGUACAUAUUCCACGAACUCUUCUUAAGAAGCACGAACGCGAGAUUGCUUUCGAGAUUUCUAUCCCCGAGAGAUGCCUCGGGGAGGAAUUUUUACGCGAGCGUUGGAUAGAUAUUACGAGUGUAAUGCUAUUGUACGCCGUUACGGAUCAUUGCGAGAUUUAAGAACUUUCCGAAUUUUUAGAUGUACCGUUGACGUUAUAUCAGACUCGUACUGCCGAUUGCUGAGAUUCGAGUGUCUCCGUAAGCAAAAUAGAUUAUCGCCGGUGAUAGGAUAACAACGGCGGUUAUUCCAGUCUGGACCGAGUCUUUCCGAAUUGUACGCGAGCUUAUUCCAUACUGCCGACUGGAAGUACGAAUUUAUAACGGGCACAUUAUCGCGGAAAGGUGGCUUGUUCCAAUCGGGUCAAAUUUUUCCGGACUUUAGACUCUCUUACAAGAAUGCUACUGCCAACUUUCUCGUCCUUUCUACUCGAAUAUCUAAUACAAUACCGCAAAGUUAUCUCAGUUCGCCCGGCUUUUUUGGUACGCAUCGUUUGAUAAGCGGUCAAGGAUGAGAUCGUCGAUCAUAUCGUCGGCGCGAUUGCUGCAUUGCGUGCCGGUAAUCGUUCGGCGUGUGAUUGCGGAGCAAUGUAACUCGUACGUCGAUGGUGCAUCACGGUGAUUAUGUGCAAACCCUGAAUGAUGCGAAGAGGAGAGAGAGAGAGAGAGAGAGAGAGAGAGGGGGAGGGAGGGAGGGACAUUAAUUACAUACACCCGAAAUACGUAAGAUGGACCGAACGGAGUAUACGAGCUGAAGCGGGACUGAGUAUUUAUUAAGUGCAUUCAUCAUGAGCGUCUCGGGACUUGGAGUGCGCGAGUCCUAGAUGCGCGGCGGGAGGUACGAACAAUCAGGAUCCUUGUUCCGUUGACGUUUCACUGUCGCGGAUGGAUUUGUGGAUGGCAAACCGCAGCCCCAUACGUAACGCCACGGCUUUAAUUAAAAUCGAAGAUUGUAAUUGACUGCGACGUUUAGCGAGCGUCGAACGUCAUUUACCGAUGUUAUAUUAUAUUAUUAAUUUUCGACAGUCGCCAGAAGGGGUCGGCGGUGAUUUCGCGUGUCCGGGCAAGGAUUCAACUUGGCUCAUGUUGUAUGCGAGAUUUAUCAACAAAGACCGGUGUUCCCGCCGCUCGGUUUCGCCGACAGCGAAUACGAACCUUUUGGUGCAACGUGUAACGCGAUACAAUCAAAUGGAAAUGGCAACUAACGGAUAAUAACGGCCUGAGUAGAUACCGGGGGAGUUAUGUUAUCGCGAAACCGAGCUGUGGCACUGUAAUGUUAAUCUGCGGUAAAUAAUAAUAGUGUAGAAGGUGCGAGGAGAACGUUCGUUGCGACGUAAAGUGUAAAUAAGGAUGGCGAUAAGGAUAAGAGAGUGUGAUAAAGAGUGUGACGCUUACGCUUUCGGCGUUUAAAAUGAAGCAUAUGUGUAUGUGUCAGACUUUAUACGACGAAAGAGAGAAAAAAAGAAUCUACAGAAAGACUAAUAGAAAGUACAGUUACGAAAACAGGAACGGAGUCGGUUCCUCCGAUUAUGUGAAUCCCGCGUUUGUCGAGCGUUAUGAGCCAUCGAAUGAAAUAAUGGUACAAGUCACUAGUAUAAUGGAUUAAUCAUUAUUUCUUAUUCUUCUCAAUCGGACUUUUAUUACUCUAGAUUAUUUUCCAAUUUGAUGAAAAGAACGCAAAAGGUACGCCAGGCUCAGUUCAACGGCUUUUGUCUCGAUGUGAGAUGUAAAAUUUGCAAUCUGUUUCAUUACAUACACUGAAAAAAAAUUUUUUCCCUACCGUAGCUAAUCGUGGUCCGCUAAAAAUAUUUUGUUGCCACAGCUAUAAAUCUCUAAAGCACACCGAACAGUUUGCUGUCACAUUUAAUAUUAUACAAUAGGCACAGUAGCAAAAUAUUUAACUAUCGCAACUAAAUAUUAGCUGUUCAUAUCGUACAACUGAAAUUAUUUAGUUACCACGUGUAGUUUUCAAGCUAUGGCAGCUACAUUUUCUUUUCCGUGUAUGAAAGAGAUUUCGUAAUGCAUGUCGCAUUUAAAAAUAUGGCUUAUACCAUUGUGCCCAACGGCUCGUCUUAUCCGCCACUUUGCCGUGUCGCUCGUAUAGAAAUUAUUAGUUCGGAGGCAAUGGUGUCGAAGUGAUGCGAGAGAACGGCGGUCAGAGGCGGACUCCUGUGAUAAAAUCAAAUAGACCGAGCAUUAGAUGACCGCCCUCCGCACAUCCGCGCUUUCUUUUACAGCUCGCCUGUAAUCGAGGGACGAGGAGCACGCGAGACCGCGAAGGACAUUAUUAAACGGAAAAAAAUCUAGUGAAAUAUUAAAAUAGUAUAUCACGGAUAAAACUAAUUAUUUGUAAUUAUAUUAUUGU